AUGAGACAAAGGCUUUUACAUUUUAUUUUAUGCGUCAUAUCCAUCCAUUACGGGAUUAUAAUAGACGGCCAAGUAUUUAUUAAUCCAUCAGCUCCCAUCAAAGAAAGAUUAAAUGAUUUAAUAUCACGUUUAACUAUUGAGGAAAUUGUUGAUCAGUUAGCGAAUGGUGGAGCUGGACCAACCUAUGGACCUGGACCAGCUAUUCCAAGAUUAAAAAUCAAACCAUAUCAGUGGCGUACAAACCCGAAUCAAGGGCAGUGUACUUCAUUUGUUCAUCAACUUAACCAGGCUGCUUCCUUCGACAUUCGUAAUGUUUGGCAAACCGCAUUUGCCAGUGGAUUGGAAAUGAGAGCUAAAUGGAAUGAAUUUAGUAAACAUAAUAAUUAUCAUGAUAAUACUGAAACUUAUGGUGAAGAUCCUUAUUUAGCUGGUGAAUUUGCAAGAGCUUAUGUCCAUGGAGUUGGAGGUUGGGAUGUUCCAAAUGACAAUGUGAACAAGUUACAGAAGCUAGACACAAACCCAGUGAAACAGCAUGUAAUGAUGGUAGGCGCAAACUGUAAACAUUAUGUCGCACAUACUGGACCUGAAAAUGAUCCCUUUUCAAGACUAUCGUUUGAAGCUGAAGUACCAGAACACGAUAUGUGGAUGACAUAUUUACCAGCGUUUCGUGCAUGCUUACAGGCUGGAGCUGUGGGAGUAAUGUGUGCUUACAGUGGAGUAAACGGUACACCGUCCUGCGUUAACCAAUGGUUACUAGACACCAUACUCAGAAAGCAGUGGAAUUAUCCUGGUUUUGUUAUCAGUGACCAAGGAGCUCUACAAUUUUUAGUAUCAAAACAUCAUUUUUAUUCGAAUCUUCAAGAAGCUGCUGUUGCCGCUGUCAAAGCUGGUGUUAACAUAGAAAAUGCUAUUCCCAGUGCGGUUAAUGUGUAUUCAGAAUUGUUGAAUCUAACCAAAUCUGGCAAUAUCACCGAAGAUGAAUUACGCAGCCUAGUUCGUCCUUUGUUUCUUGCCAGAAUCCUUCAGGGGGAAUUAAAUACUCCAGAAAUGGAUCCAUAUGCUAGCUUAAUGCCUGAUGCAGUGAUUAAAAAUGCAAAACAUAGACAUCUAGCAGUAGUCACAGCAGCAAGAACUAUGGUACUUUUGAAAAAUAUAGAAAGUUUCUUACCGCUAAAAUCUACUUCAAAUUUAAAUGAACACCCUUUAAAACAUAUUGCUUUGCUUGGACCGUUUUCAACAAGUGUUAAUGAAUUAACUGGAAGUUAUGGAAGUCAUCCUGACCCAGUAAAUACAAUUCCACUGGAUAAAGGUCUUGAAACCAUAGCCGAUAAUGUCACGGCUUCAGAUAUUUGUACUGAUGGUGCAAAAUGUCCUACCUAUGAUAAAGUAGCACUUCAAGAAAUACUCUUACAACCAGAUAUUGAUCUCGUCGUUAUAACGAUCGGUACGGGGAGGAAUGUUGAAGAUGAAGGACAUGAUAGACAUGAUCUCAAUCUACCUGGAUAUCAGAAGCAGUUCCUCCUAAAUGCAUUGGAUUUAUCGGCUGGUCGAGGGAUAAUAAGGCGUUUGUCUAUACCAGUAAUUGUGUUGGUAUUUUCAUCUGGACCUAUUGACAUUGAAUUCGCCAUGGAGGAUACUAACGUUAAAGCUAUAUUCUGGUGUGGGUAUAUGAAUUCAGUACUUGGUGAAGUCGUAGCUCGCGUUUUCGUGGGAAAACCUGGCAGACCAUAUGGACCGUACGGGCCAUUGUUACCUUUCGACUCAGAAUUAUCUGAAGUUGGCGCGUGGGGUACAGAUAUGGAUGAUGGUUACUGGUGGGUACCAGCAGCUAGACUACCAUUCACAUGGUAUGCAUCAAUUGACAGAUUAGCUAAUAUCACUGUAUACAAAAUGACUAACCAAACGUACCGUUAUUUGCCGAAAUCUUGCACAAAGUACACAAAAGAAUGUCCAAUACCCAUAAUAUUUCCAUUCGGUUAUGGAUUGUCGUAUAAUACGUUAUCUUCCUCAGUUAGUGGAUUCAAGUAUUCGAAUUUAGAACUACCAACGAUACAAGUAAAACCGGAUCAACCUGUCGUUAUUUAUGCCACUGUAUCAAACAUAGGACAGAUUGCGUGCGAAGAGGUGGUCCAGCUUUACAUAAAGUGGCUUCAUUUUGGACAGCCUUACUUGGACGAUGAAAAUAAACAGGAAUAUAUGUCACCUGAAAUUCAGCUGGCUGGUUUUAAACGUGUUAGACUGAAUGUUGGUGAAAAACAACGUCUGCAGUUUUACUUAUCGCCAGAACAAUUUUAUGUGUGGUCCAUUAAGAAUAAGUCAAUGAUCCCUGGUCAAGGUAGACUACGUAUCACAGUAGCAGGUGAGCAACCAGAUCAACCAGUCACAGUUGGUUCAAAUUGCUUAGUUGAUUUUCUUGAAAUAUGUGACCAGUGCUCAACUCAUAGUUAA